AUGAAGAUAGCAAUCACCGGCGCAGGCGGCUUCGUUGGCCAACUUCUCGCUGAGCAUUUACUCAAUGCCGACCACGAGGUUCUUCUUAUCGACAUCUUUGAGCCACCAGUACCUUCCAAAGCUUCGUCAAAGUCUUCAAAAGCGACCUGUAUCAAGGCCGAUUUGUUUUCCGACAGCAACUCCGUCAUCCCAUCUGACUUGUAUGCCAUAUACAUCUUCCAUGGCAUCAUGUCUGCAGGCUCCGAAGCCGAUUUCGAUCUAGGUUAUCGAGUAAACUUACACUCGACACUCAAUCUUCUGGAAACACUGAGAAGCAAAUGCAAAGGUGUUAGAGUGGUGUAUGCCUCCAGCACAGCCAUCUACGGGCAACCUCUUCCUCAAUGGCCUUCAGAGUCCACUUUACCCACACCUUCUUCCUCAUACGGAACUCAGAAAUCAAUGAUCGAAUACGCCAUCAAUGAUUUUUCUCGCAGAGGAUACAUUAAUGGCUUUACUCUGCGCUUCCCGACAAUCUCGGUGCGGCCAGGCAAACCUACGCAAGCGGCGAGUUCAUGGAUGAGUGGCAUGUUCAGAGAGCCGUUGCAAGGUCUACCUUCCUCGUUGCCUUGUGCCGAUGACUUUGAAGCUUGGUUGUGCAGUCCACGCAUCCUAGUCCAGAAUCUAUUGCAUGUAUUGACAUUGCAGAGAGACAGUCUGGCUAGUCACAUGCGACAAAUCAAUCUUCCUGGCAUCACUGCGAGCGUAAAAGAAAUGUUGGAGGCGCUGGAGACAGUGNGGGGUAAGCAAGCUGUGGAUCUGGUCAAGAGAGAGCAACCGACAAAGGAAAUCAAGGAUAUGCUGGAUUCGUGGCCUAUCAGGUUUGAUGUUAGCAAAGCGUUGGAUUUGGGCUUUAAGAGGGAUGAAAAGUUUGUGGAUGCGGUGAGGGAUUUUAAGGAUAGUCUUGGAGAGUGA